CCCUAGUCAUGGCAGAGUAUGGGACUCUCCUUCAGGAUCUGACCAACAACAUCACGCUUGAAGACCUGGAACAGCUCAAAUCAGCCUGUAAGGAGGACAUCCCCAGUGAGAAGAGUGAGGAGAUCACUACGGGCAGUGCCUGGUUUAGCUUCUUGGAGAGCCACAACAAGCUGGACAAAGACAACCUCUCCUACAUUGAGCACAUCUUUGAGAUUUCCCGCCGUCCUGACCUACUCACCAUGGUGGUUGACUACAGAACCCGUGUGCUGAAGAUCUCAGAGGAGGAUGAGCUGGACACCAAACUUACCCGUAUCCCCAGUGCCAAGAAGUACAAAGACAUUAUCCGGCAGCCCUCUGAGGAAGAGAUCAUCAAAUUGGCUCCCCCACCGAAGAAGGCUUGAGCAAAGGGGAGGAAGAGGAGGAAGGUUGGACCUUCAUUGGACCACUCCCUUCCCCAUCCUCCAUGGGAAUGGGCAAGGGCAACCCCCCCACGUCCCCACUUACUAACCUGGUCCUAACCCCUUACUGUGCGCGUGUGUGUGCGUGUGCGCACGCUCUGGCUGUCUGUCUAUGUCUAGCUCAUCUAGUUCCUCAUGAGGGGAUGGGGGUCGGGGAUGGGGGGUUUAGUUUCCCCACCCUAGGGGAGAGAUGGGGGCUAUUUCUAUGCAAAUAGAAAUUGGCACAUUCCUAUUUCCCUUUCUUCCACUCUUCCCUCAACAUCUUUAAAGAGUAGAAGCAGGAAAGACCUGCAUUUUCCUAACUGAGGAGCUGAGGUGGAGAUGAGGUAUAGGAGGUGGGCAGAUGAAAGGAAAAGCAGUGGGGAGGGAAGAUGAAGAGUCCACUGGCCCCUAUGUGGAAGGGGCAAAGAAAAGCCAGGGUUCAGUAUUUGUGUCCCCUUGAAGGACUGCCUAAGAGUCCAGUUUCCUGCUACUCCUCAGGCUGGAGGGCCUUGGUGCCAGCAGGUCUCUUUUUAUGCCCUUCUCAUGGGCCUAGAAUGGGUAUGAGCCAGGGGUCUAAUGAGAGCAGCCCACUGGAUCCUUGGCUGGUCCCAAAGAUCAAAUCCUAUGGAGCAGCCAGCAUCUGAUCCCGCCCCACCCCAGACGGUGCUGGGAAUAUGCACCACUGAGCCUGAGCUGGGGACGCAGGCAGAGAGGGGCCCCUUUCCAUACCUUUAGUCCGACUCAGACUGUUGCAUAUACUGACCUGAACCUAGGGAAAUGGAGAAAUAAGAUCCUUAGGUUUAACCUCAACCUGCCCCACCACAGGGUCCCCACAUGGACAUUACAGGCAACCUUCUCCCUUUGCUUAGUCUGGAACACUCAUAAGCCACAAAGAAGUGAAACUAGUGUUUUCCUGUGCACUGAUCCUCAUCCCUGUUCAAUCCAGGAGGGACUUGCUGACCCUUCUCACUUGAUACCCCGGCCCCUUGGGCUUGUGGACGCCUCCCAGCCAAAUCACUAUAGUACAGUGAGUGACCCCAGCCUCCUGCCUGUCCCAACCUUGACCGUGCUAACUGUGUGUACAUAUAUAUUCUACAUAUAUGUAUAUUAAACCCGCACUGCCAUGUCUGCCCAUUUUGUGGUGUCUAGCAUUAACUUAUUGUCUAGGCCAGAGCGGGGACGGGAGGGAGUGCCACAGUGAAGGGAGCGGUGGAGUCAAAACUGCUGCGUACUCCAAACAGAAAAGCCUUUAGAAAAAAAUAAAAUCAACAACAAAUAGUAUAUUUACAUGCAGACUUAGAGACUAGAGAAAGUUGAAGCUUGAAGUUAUCAAAAUGUAGGAGCAGACUUUGAUAGUGGGAGGGGAGGGCUGGCUGUUGAAGAGGGAAGCCAGGCUGGUUAGAGAGCACCCUUGACUCCUAGCCCAGCCAUCUGCCCAUCUCCUCUGGCCACUGCUGCGGACACCUGCCUUAACACACGAGGACUCCACGGUUUUGCCUUAAAGGACCUCCCCAAGUCUCACCAGCUCUGUAUGGCUUCUCCCUUAAGAGAUACUUAUAAACUGGGGGCAGGGAUGAGGAUGAUCAAUCCUUCCUUUUGGGGUAUUAUGUGAGAGCAGGAAUAAAGUAAGAGUAAGCAAUCUUCUUCAUGGAAGAGAGACAGGGUUAUUUUCAGCAGUCUUAGUAGUUUCUCUCUGUAAGG